AUGGCUACUCCGGCGCGGCACCUCUGUCGCUCUUUAUUUCAAGUCAGUCGGCGGAUCCCUGGGAAGCGGAAAUGCCCAUCACAAUUCAUGGCAUGGCCCCGACAGGCGAUCUUUCUUCGACAGCUCUCGACCACCACUCCGCGGAAGGCCGACGAGCCGUCGAAGUCCAGAUCGGUGCGAGAUACACAAGAGGGCGAAGACUACGACGACAGCCUCGAUCGCCCCACGGAAUAUCUGACGCCUGGGACGCUCAUCACCGUUGCCGACCUAGAUCCCCAAGAGCGCGCCGACUUUGACCUGCUGCCGAAGCAAGAGCAGCAGGAAUACCUGGCCUUGCAGAACCACUACGCGGCACUCUUUGAAUCCGAACAAGCCGAUGCGGCUCUGGAUGGAAUUGUCAACGAUGUCGACAGGCAAGUGGACAAGGAGGUCGAGGACCUGGACUUUCCAGAUGUGGCACUGGACCGGAGAGAAGCAGGCUAUUGGGCCCAGGAUGAGGAUGACGAAUUUGGUCAGGUCGAGGACGGAGAUGAGCCGUGGGAUGACUCUGCAAUCUCCUCGAUCGCGCACAGCGAGCUGGAUGUCCAUCGCGAGGUUCGAGAAUACACCAGAGUGAUUGCAUGGGAUAUGCCACUUCUGCAACAAUAUGCAAAACCAUUCCAACCUCCAACCGAAGCCACCCCUCUUCGAUUUCGAUACACAACAUAUAUGGGUGAAGCGCACCCGGCGGCCAAGAAGGUGGUUGUCCAAUUUUGCACCAAAGACCUGCCCAAUCUGACCGAAGUGCAACGGCUGAAAUUGAUCAAGCUGGUGGGCGUGCGAUAUAAUCCAGACACUGACGUCGUCAAAAUGUCGUGCGAGAGGUUCGAGGCGCCGGCGCAGAACAAGCGCUACCUAGGUGAUUUGGUGAACAAACUGUUGGACGAGGCGAGGAACGGCGCCGACACAUUCGAGGACAUUCCGCUGGACUUCCGGCAUCACAAAUCAAAGAAACAAGUGGCAUUCCCAGAGCAGUGGAAAUUGAAACCGGGACGCAUCCAGGAGUUAUUGCAAGCCAGACAAAAUCAAGGAUUGUUGGGGCCAAGCGAGACACCUGCUCUGGACGGCAAGGAGGCCAUACACAGCUAUGUACAGACUUUGGGCGGAAGGGGUACUAGUCCGCAAAGGACGUUGUAA